UGACAGUUGACGCCAAAUAUUUGGUACUUGUUUGACGCAGUUGAUUGUCAAUUUUAUUCAAUUGUUGCCAAAAUUAUUUACGCAAUAUUUUGGUAAUGAUUAUAUUCUUUCUGUUGUUAGAUUUCAGUACCCUCCAAAUAUUUUAUUUACUUUAGGCUCGUUGAAGAAUUACGUUAAAAUGUCGAUGGCUGUGCAGCCCUACCUUGGUAUAGACCAACAUUUCGACCCUGCCUGGAUGGAGAGGAUUGUUUUGGAACUUUCUGAUGCAUUUGAGAUCCGCGUCUCAUGGGACCGCGAGACGGCCUUGGUAGUAGGUGUGUGUGCGGUAGCUGGUGGCAUUGUGGGGCAUUAUGCGGGAGGCCGUCUGGGAGCUGCUGUUGGAGCAGGAAUCGCUAGUGCUACUGGCCUAGGUGUUGCUUCCCUGGUGUCCCUGAGAGAAAUUUGGGCGUCGGUGAAGCACAAGCUUCAGGAACUGUUGUACAUUGUGUUCAACUGUUUACGACGGCUGGACCCAAUAGACUAUGUUCAUGCCUUUGAGAUUCUCAUGGCGUGUGGGAGUACUCGACGAGAGCUGGUCUACGCUAUCUUAGACUUCAUCGCAACCAAGCUCGGCCGAGAGGUUGUGUCUAGUAUCACAGCAGGUUAGACCACAACACAUGUUAGAGCUCAAGCAAAGGGUUGUAAAUAGUUGUUAUCCCAGAAAGUGAAAAUACUUUAUGAAACCUUCAAUUCCUCUUUUGUUUGUAGGUAAUAUUAUGAUGUUAACACCACAUCUAUGGAGAAAUUAUAAUACAAGUGUGCCUUAUUAGCUAGACAUUCAUAGAGCAAUAUGGGCCUAUGAUGGACUGGAGGGGAAUAGCCACAGGGUUAUUUCUCAAUACAUGCAAACUAGUUGCACAAAUGUGCAUACAUUUUGACAAAGGGGAAAGCCUGCAUAUGACUUAUCCUUUUCCCUUCUUGUUCCACGUAGAAUUGACAUUAGUCGUACAUAAAACUUGUCCACAUACAAUAAAAAAUCUAUGCACAAAUUCUUGCUUAUAUUUUGGAAGAGAUUUUUUAAUCAGAUUUGGAAAUUCGAUACUUGGUUUUUAUUUUCGGACGAUUAUACAGUGUCACACUGUGUGAAAUAUAAAGAUAAUCUUUUUUAUUAAUUAUAGAUCAGCUUUCACUCAUUGAUGGUGGUAAACUUAGAACAUAUCUAAUAAGUAGGGAUAUCUUAUGAUCUUGAAGAGGCUUCUGUUAGGUUUCACAAGACUUUCUUGUAACUAUUUUAUUUUAUAAUGUGAUUAGAGGUUGUGUUACAGACUUGAAAUCUGAAAUCAAAUUUGUUUAUUAAUUUUAUAUCAAUUAGUGAGUAACAUUGUUAUAUACUUUUAUUUUUACUUUGCUUUUUGCUCAAUUUGUAUUAGUUCUAAAAUAAUUCAUAUUCAUGACAUGAGUGUUUAUAUAUAAUACUGAUUUUUAUUUUGUCUGUAACAAAUAAAGGGUCGAACAAAAUCAAACACAUUUUUUUAUUGUUUUCAAUGUAGUACAGAGUUAGAGACAUUUUCUCAUAUUGAAUUCAGAAAAGUAUAAUGAAAGACAAGAAGAUGUUUAAAACAUUUUAUUCAGUGCACCAUCAAAAAUACAUGAACAAAUGCAGACUAUCACAAUCUAUCAGGUUAACAUUCGAGUACGGCACUCGACAGGUGCCUCUAUCACUGGUGGCCUCUGCUAGCAAUUACAUUAACAGUUUGUUCAUUUCAUAAAUAAAACCUAACCAGCAAUAUAAAAAUAUCGUAAAGGCGUUUUAAACGCAUUUUUAUUGUAAAGAAGUUAUUUUAUCCGCAAUAUGGCGCUGGUUUUUAUAUUUCUGGCGUGGGUUUAUUUGUCAUGGCUACUCUAGUAGGAAUGCUUCAUAAUUAGUGACCUAGUGAACGCGGUGCAACGUGGCGUACCGUCCCGUACGCUUUAAGUACAUAAAUAAACGCAUUUUGACUUAAAUAUUACUCUCACUAGUACUAAAAUAUUCUAAGAAUAAACUCCAAUUAGUAUACUAAAAGAUCUUCACAAGGAACAUUAUUACUAAAUGUAAAUUACAAUACUUCCGAAACCCGUCGAAUUAGUAAAACUAAAAUAAAUAAAUAAGUUAUAGGUCGGUGUCACCAAAAAUGUUGUCAUGAAUUGGACAGAUUAUUAAAACUUAUCAUAAAAUUUAUUCCAUUCAUUUUUGGUGGAAGUAAAUGGAAAUAUUUCCUUUCUCAAAUAGGUUUUCCAAACAUUUUUAUAUAAUUAUUGUUUACAGGAACAUUGUAUGUCAUACAUACUACAUGCAGUUCUUAUUUAUAGACAACAAAACACUGGGGUGCUUUUAUCAUUUCUCAAUAAAUCGCAAAGCUUUAGCUAUCACAAGAGCUGCUACUAACGUUAGAUUUGUACGUAAAACUGUGCUCUUAUAUAGAUGAGGAUAUUUAUUGUAGCAAAAUUAAGCUUGUUUCCUAUUUUGUAUCUCAAACACAACCAAAACGGGUCUAUGUCUCACUCGAAAUAAAUAUUGACAUGGAAUUGUA